GAGUUUGGCCUUAAAUUAAACUCUAGUAUCAUUUAAUCCCGUCUGUCAAACUCAAAAAUUCACUUGGAUACGGAGAUGACAUAACAACAGCAGCUCUAUUCCCUCCGCCCACAAACGAACCCCAAUUGCUAUUUCCGAAUUUUUUGUGUAUUUGCUUUUCAAAUUUCUUAUCUUUAUCGCAACUGGGUUUUAGGGGUUUUAUUUCCAAUUCCGUUUCUCAGCUAAAUAACAAGGUAGUUAAUUGUUCAUGUAAUUGAACUAGAGUCUGUUUAUAUUGCAGAUACUUUUGCCUGGUUACUUGUGUCAGUCUCUAUUGUACUUGUUGGAAAUGCCUCUUGGUCUUGUAUUCUCAUCAGUUUCCCCUUUCUAUGGUAACCUACACAAUGUGAACCACAUAACUAAACCCCAUUUGAACCCUUAUGUGAAUGUUCACGGCAAAAUCUCUAAUUCUGUUAAGAACCCCUCAAAGUUUGUAGUCAGAAACCAGAAAAGUAAUAAUAAUCUUGUAGUGGAAAGCGGAUAUCCUGAUUUUGAUUGGGAACAAGAAGAAGAUGAUGAUGAUGAUGAGGGGUCGCCGUGGGAAGGCGCAGUUGUGUACAAAAGAAAUUCUUCGGUUACACAUUUGGAGUAUUGCACCACCUUGGAAAGGCUGGGAUUGGGCAAGCUCUCCACUAAGGUUUCAAGGUCUCGGGCUUCGGUAAUGGGACUGAGGGUAACUAAAGAUGUCAAAGAUUAUCCUGAUGGAACUCCUGUAUUGAUUUCCCUUGAUGUCACGAGGAAGAAGUACAAGUUGAGGCUUGACGGAAUCAUCAGGACAGUCAUCGCACUUGCUUGCAACAGGUGCGGCGAACCAGCUGCAGAGAGUAUCUUUUCAAACUUUUCAUUCCUGUUGAGUGAAGAACCUAUUAAGGAACCAGAGACCCUGGACAUGGGCGUAAUGUUUGGAGAGGACAAAUUCAAAAGUUUUGGCAACAUCGAAGAGGAAAUGGAUGACGAUGAUGCUUGGAUCGAUUUAGAAGACCAGCUGUAUUUUCCCCCUGAAGAAAAAGUCAUCGACAUUUCAAAACAAAUUAGAGAUCUGGUGCACAUUGAAAUCACCAUUAAUGCUGUGUGUGAUCCCAAGUGCAAAGGUUUGUGCCUAAAAUGUGGUGCUAAUCUUAACGUCAAUAGCUGUAGUUGUCAUAUGCAAAAUGUAGAGGAGAAAGGUUAUGGUCCUCUUGGAGGUCUGAAGAAGCAAAUGCAACAAACAUGAUCUUUAGUCAUUCCGACUUUUUGUGUGCAAUAUAGUGGUUUUUUUAGUAGUUUAUAAGCUAAAAUGCAAGGCCUUUCAUUUUUA